UCACCUGUCACCAAUCACCAUUCUUUUCCUUUUUUUUUUAUUUUUAGUUGCGUGACAUGAAUGUAUGUUUAUUUUCCCGUUUAAUUAAUUAACACGCGAAGGAUUUAAUCUAAAGCUACGUAAUUUUAUAAUUAAACUAUGAUUACAAUAGUAUGAUCCAAAAGUGCAUGGAAUCGAGCUAGUGAAACCGUCAUUUCCUAGAACAAAAGAUUGUUAUGGAAGCGCCAGACCCCAUGGAACUGAAGUAUGGAGCAGGCAAUGAUGUGGGAGGUCUAGAAUUGUGCAUAGUGUGUGGAGAUAGGGCUUCAGGCAGACAUUACGGUGCUAUAAGCUGUGAAGGCUGCAAGGGUUUCUUCAAGCGCUCAAUCCGCAAGAAGCUUGGCUACCAGUGCCGCGGCACCAUGAACUGUGAGGUGACCAAGCACCACCGCAACCGCUGCCAGUACUGCCGCCUGCAGAAGUGCCUCGCCUGCGGCAUGCGGAGCGACUCGGUCCAACACGAGCGGAAGCCCAUCGUGGACAAGUCCAAGGGAGAAGCGAGGGAGCACGACCGACAGGCCGCCUACUCCAAGCUGCUCGGGUUGGCGGGGCAAGCACAGAUAAAUCCAAAGGAAGAGCCGAACGAUGGAUUCGGUGCGGUGUCGCCGGCCGCGCCCGCGCUCAACUUCGCCUUCGCGGCCGCCGUGGCUUGCGGCAUCAACAAAGGGAACCCGGUGUCUCCGUACCUAGGCGCGGGCACCCCGGGCGACGUUGAUGGUGCCCGGCGCCAGCAACUCAUGCUGCAGACACAACUCGCUAAGAACCUCUUCAAGAUGGGACAGUUUGGUGCAAUAAACGAGUACUUCCAAUCCGCGUACGGCGCCACGCCCCCGGAGGUGCCGCUGGCCGCGCUGCACGCCGCCGACACUCAACAAAACGACAGUGAGGAAGUGGGCAUACUGAGCACAGCUGAAAGUCUCCAACUGCCGUUACAACUGCCGGCCGGAUGCCCGCCGGCGCCACUGCGGCUGCACGCCGCGUGCGAAGCCGGGGCGAGACUACUAGCUGCGUGCGCAAGAUGGCUCCUAGCUUUACCUGCUGCUAAUAACUUAUCAUUCGAGAUCCAAGUGACCCUGAUGCGUAAAUGUUGGCCGGAGCUGUUUGUGCUGGGGUUAGCACGCUGGUCGCAAGCGCUAGGGCUGGCCACUCUGCUGCCCAUGCUGUCCAGUCACCUGCAGAGCGAGCUGAGGGAGAGGGCCGACUCCCGACACUCGCAGCCUGCGCAGCAGACCACGCCAGACCUGUCGCAUCCAGAGAUAACGAUAUCGGAUUACUCGGACGAGCGUAUAGAAGAGGUAUCUGCGAUGCUGUGUCGCCUUCACCAGUUCAUCGGCCACAUGGAACAACUGAGGCUGUCUGACCGCGAGCACGCGCACCUCAGAGCCUUAUGCCUGUUCUCACCAGAUGGAGUACCAGAGUUUCUGACGCGCAAACUGCAAGACUACCAGUCGAAGGUUCUCCGUUCUCUCCGCACCACGUGUCAGCCCGACGACGAGCGAGUCGCAACCCUCCUGCUGCAGUUGCCGGUACUACGCUCGUUCAGCGCUAGCUUCAUCGAGGACGUGUUUUUCGUCGGCUUCGUCGGUGACGUCAGCAUCGACGACGUCAUCCCGUAUUUACUUAACGCAGAACGCUGAUAGGACUUUUUACGACUUAAGUUAUUCAAUA